AUGUCGUCAGUGGAGCCCUCAACUCCCUCGUCCCAGGCUCCGGCGUACGCUUCCGAAGUCAGCGUUGUCCACAGUGAGGCCCUCUUGCGGAGGUACCCCUCCCCGCCGGCUCCCCCUUCGCUGGAGGGAGCCAUUGCCACGCUCUUCGAUCCGGCCGAUCCUUCCUACCGUGCGGCCCCGGUGGACUUCCCCUACGGUGUCCCACGUUGGAGCAAAUCCCGGCAGCAGUGUGUCUCGACCAAGCCCUUCCCCCAGGGCUUCCGAGUUCAGGCCGACCCGGACGAAGUGGACGUCCCGGAUGCCGGGCCGGCUGCCGCUUCCACCGGCGCCCGGUCCUAG